UGACCGUGACAAGCUGUGCGUUGCUAAUGAAUAACGCAGCUGCAGGUCUGACACGCCCAGAUCGUCCGCAGUAACGAACGUGAACUUUGACCACGGUAGAAAGUCUCGGUCUGGUUGAGGAUCCUGUGUGGGGAACAAGCUGAUCGGAAGCAUUCGGCAUGGUUUGGCCUUUUGUCCUCUGGGCCGCGCUGCACGCUGCGGUCCAGUGCUCGGCUCACAAAGGUGCGCGUGCGGCCAGUGGGUCUGAGUCGGUGACGCUGCAGCCGUGGUUGACGGGUCUGACAGCCGUGGUUGUCUUCCUCUUCCUUGUCUUCGUCAUCGUCGUCGUCAGAAGACUGCUGCGGAAGAACAGGCGGGAGGAAGACACGCAGGAGGAAAUGUUUGGAUACGACAACAAGGUUGUGGAGAUGGAGGAAGAUGACGUUAAACACACCAUCUUUUAGGAGCAGUGGAAGAGUUCUGACAUCAACAUCCACUGACCAGCUUUCUUUCAUAAACAUUGUUCAUGAUGAAUAUUAAUUAGUAUAUAGUUUUAUCAGCCUUAUUCCAAAUUGGAAUCAGCUCAUUUUAUCCCUCAUAAUUCUCCACAAUGACAACAUGAAACACAUGUUUGGUGAUUUUUGCAAAUGUGUUCAAAUAAAUAAAUAAGAAAUCAUGUCAGUGUUCUUGCCACAAA